GUUUGUGAUAUGAUGGCAUAGCCAAGGUUACUUCGGAGGCUAGAAAUCACAGAAAAAAAAUCUGUUAGAACGGAUGAUAUUUACAUUUGUGUGGUAAAAAUAAAAACACAAAAGAAUGCAGAAUUAUAAAGGAAUAAUACCUCUUGAUAACUUGAGUUAGCUCAUGAAGUGCGCAUGCGUAUGGUCUUCAAGCGCAAUGUUCACAGACUAUGCCCAACGAAAUGAGAUUCAUCAGAGUAAGUUUUGAUACUCGCAUUGUUGAGUUGUCAUCUCGUAGUAGGCGUUUUUUCAACAAUUUGAAUCCCUUUCAGAAAAAAUUGUAUUGACAAAGAAUCCUUAUGUAUGUAUCUUAUUCAGAAGAGUUGGAAUAAUUUCUACUCUAAGGCCAAUAUUGAACUUAGAAUAUGUCUUCAGAUGACUGCGUUCAGCGUUUAUGUGAAAUAAACUCCAAAGAAAUCCAAGAACCCAGCAAAAGAAAUUAUUGGAAUGAUCUGAUAUGGAAGAAAAUAAUAGUCCUCCUAUAUGUUCAUAUAAUAUUUAUUUAUACUUUGACAAGCGUGCACACGUUUAAGUUGAACACAAUAUUUUUAGCCUCAGUCAUGUAUAUACUUUCUGGUCUGGGCGUAACUGCAGGAGCUCAUAGGCUGUGGAGUCAUAGAUCCUAUAAAGCAAAAUUACCUCUCAGAAUUUUUCUGGCAAUUGUGAACUGUAUGGCAUGGCAGGUUCCUAUUUAUGAUUGGUGUCGAGAUCAUCGAACGCAUCACAAAUGUUCAGAAACAGAUGGCGAUCCACACAAUGCCAGGCGAGGCCUUUUCUUCAGUCAUAUUGGUUGCCAUCUGGUUAAAAAACAUCCAGAUGUAAUAAAAAAUGGAAAAAAGCUUUCUCUUGAUGACUUAAAAGAGGAUCCUGUAGUAAUGUGGCAGCGCAGGUAUUUUAUUCCUAUGGCCCUGAUACUGUGUUUUGUCAUACCGACUUUGAUUCCGUACUACAUGUGGGAAGAGACACUCUGGAAUUCAUAUUGCGCAUGCGUUGCAAGAUAUUGUGUAUUGCUCAAUGCGGCGUUCUCAGUGAAUAGUUUUGCACAUUUGUUGGGAUCUCGACCAUAUGAUGUCUCCAUCAAUCCCAGAGAAAAUAAAAUUGUUGCUUUUUUUGCUAUGGGUGAAGGUUUUCAUAACUAUCAUCAUGCAUUUCCCCAAGACUAUUCUACAAGUGAAUUUGGAAUCAGCAAAUUGAACCCAACCACAUUAUUUAUUGAUAUGAUGGCAUUCGUAGGACUUGCAUACAAGAGGAAUAAAAUAUCUCAACAAAUGAUUGGCGCCAGGAAAAGAAGAACUGGAGAGUAAAUGAGCAAAAUAAUAGAUAGUUAGUUAGUUACCCUUAACUUCAUAACUGAGUGACUUGCAGCAAUCUUAUAUAUAAUCUGAUAGAUAUUCCGAAACACAUCGUUAAUAUUUAUUUAUGCAAUUAAUGAUAGAUUUAAUGCGCUAUUUCGUAAUGUACGCAAUUGCGCAAUAAGAAUUAGAAUAGACGGCGGCGCAAGUCGUAGGAAUUAAUGUCUAAAAUAUAGAAUGCCAAACGUAUGAUUUGGGAUUUGUAAUAUCGCUAAGUUUGUCACUAGAUGGCAAGUUUUUGUACAUAGUCACAUGCAACCUCCACUUAGUCUCAAAAACAUGACAAUUUAUGCAACCGCUGACAUGCUAUUUAUUUUUGUUAUUUAUAAAAGUACAUUCUUAUGCUUUUACCACAUACAUAUUUACAAUAACGCUAUUCUACAACAUAACUCGUAUUAUUCUUCAAUGGUAAUUAUAAAUCAAAAGUUU